ACUUUUCCUUGAUCGAAUACGUGAGCUCAUCUUCAAUGCCAGCUACCUUCCUGUAUUGCCCUUGACAGCGGGUUACUUUGUUUUUCCCCUAACGUUUCCUUCGCAGGUCUCAUCUUCCACGAGGUCUCACUUGUGGUGCAACACGCAGACGUAGUGCUGUACGGAGUCCCUUCUUGAACCCCGAAUCCCUGUGUUCACCCCUUUGACCAACAUGAAGGCGACGAUUAGCAUAGAUCUGAAAUCGUUUGGGAUUCUCCUUCUCGCCGUGACCUUCGCUCUAGCCGAAACCGAACUUCUCGAGCGGCAACCCAGGCUAUCAAAAUACCAGGAUGCAUGGAAAGCACUGACGGUACCAGGAAGAUACUACUUGUAUAUGAGAUCUUACAAAGACGAGCCAUUCUACGGAGAAGAUAGGAAAUGUGUAUAUAAUGAGUUGAUCUCCGUCAACGAGGAAGAAAAAUACACAGUAAACACCAUGGGCUCUAUCAGUGUGAAGGACGGAACAGAAAAGACGCAAACAAUCUACGCGUGGACGUCGACAUCUGAGGGGUACACUGAGCCGAAUGUGAUUCACGCAUCAGACUCGAAAGAUAAAGGGUUUUCUCUGGAGUUCCCCAUAGCCUUCUCGGAGUACGAAAACUGCGACAUCCUGAGGGUUCCCCACCGUAACAAUGCGUGCGAGCUUUGGGCAAAGGAGGGAAGAAUACACGAAAUCAAGUCACUUUGUUUCUACGUUUUCCACCUCCUGUGCGGACCAGAAAAGUACUUCGUCUACAACAGAGACCUCUGCCGCUCAGAAAAAAGACACUGUCCUUGAAACUUGAGGAGAACCUUUCUGUUUGGUGAACAAGAGUGCCAUAUUGAGGCCGAAAAGUUUUUGUGAAUAUACCUUACCUUGGUCGGCACUGUGUUAA